AGAUACUCUGCCAGUGUGUUUGUGCUUUAACUACAACCUAUCAUAUCCAAGUUGACGCCUAUCAUGUACAUGUGUACAUGUUAGUCACUGGCAAGUUGCAUCUCUAUAAGGCUACACAUGACCACAGGCAACUGAAUCUGCAAAUUUAAGUCCAACUGGUGCGUAGUUAUUAAUGCCAACAAAAUACUGUGUUGUUACUCUCAUGAGAAGAGCAGGAAUUGAUACAGGAAGCUCCGAGGAAGAACACAAACCAUUUGACAGAUAUAUGGUUGAGAACACUUACAAUAAACUUGAGGUAAGAGUCCAAAGGCUCUAAACAGUUGUAAUAUUGUUGAAGAUUGGAUUUGCUGAACCAUGUCAACUGUGAAUAUGAACUCUACAUCCACAGACUCUGUGGGUCUGUCCCCAGUCCUCAUCGCACUCCGUACUUGUUUCAUCGCCAUCAUUGUACUGCUUAUUAUAUCUGGGAAUAUUUUCUCAAUUGCCGUGACACGCCGUGUCUCCAACUUAGCUGUAACUACCAAGAUUUUGAUGACUUCACUGGCUGUGUACGACCUUCUGAUUGGCUUUUUAGCAACACUCAGUAUUGCAGCAUCUGCUAUGGACAGGUGGCCUGUUGGUGAUCUGGGCUGCGAAAUAUUCUCCCUUAGUUCGACAUUUUGUUUCGGAAUGUCCAUACUUUCGAUUGUUUGUAUUAACAUUGAACGGUUCCUGGCUGUAACCCGACCCUACAAGUUUCCUGUGUGGUGUACCCCAUCUCGAGUUAAAAAGGCAGUGGUUUUCCUGGCGUUAUUCAGUUUAGCUUUUAGUAUUGCUGUAAAAUUUAUGGCCAAGGCGUUACCAGAAUAUGAUAAAAUCAAGCUAAUUUGUGAUUAUUCAAACAUCUCAACAUUCAUGCAUUAUGGAGCACUGUUUGUUAUAGAUAUAGUUCCCACGUCAACAAUGUCAUUAAUUUACUACCGAUUGAUUAAAAUCAGUCGCCAACAUGAACAGCGACUGAAUCAAAAUGGCAACAAUGAGGCCAACAAUGACAACAAAGCCCUCAAGACAUUUCUUGUUGUUACGUUGACGUUUGCUGGAUGCUACACUCCGUUUUUUACUAUGAGAGUGGUGGAGACUACAUCAGGUGAAUCUGCUCCAGACUGGGUGCAGUUUCUAACGUACUGGCUGCUGGUCAGCAACAGCAUGUUCAAUGUCAUCAUCUACUGUCUCUUCAAUAAGGUAUUUCGUCAAACAGCUAAGAAAAUCCUUUCGGAGAGAUUUCCCUGUUGCAACAGAUCGGUUGCUCCACUUGAAGUUAUAGUUUUAUAGGCAGUGGACACUAUUGGUAGUUACUCAAAAUAAUUAUUAGCAUAAAA